UGUGUGUAUGUAGGAUUACCUGGGAGUCUGUGUCGACACCAUGGCUCUGGUCCAGGUGCUCAGAGUCCUGUGCUGCCUGCUGCUCACUUAUCACCUGGGUGAUGCCAGGAAAAUCAAGGGAAGUGGAACAGAUGAGUUGGACCCGAAGCCUGUCCUGAGAAUUAAGAUGCCUCACAUUACCAGCACAGUCUUCAAGCUCUACUCUGAUGGUGCUAGAGACAUAGAGGACUGGUGCACGGUGGAGGCUUUCAGACCUCAUACUCAGACCUCCUGUGGUUUCAACAGCAGUCAUCCUCUCAUCAUUAUCAUGGUCGGUACGAUAAACGCUCUGAUGGAGAGCUGGGUGCCCGUUCUUGCUUCUGCUCUGAAGACCAGUCUUGGAAAUGUCAAUGUGAUCGUCACUGACUGGCUUUUACAGGCCAAUAUGAACUACCCUAACGCAGCCCAGAACACUAGGGCAGUGGGGAAGGACAUAGCAUUCCUGCUACAGUGGCUGCAGGAGUUUUACCAGUUUCCUGCAGAGAAAGUUCAUCUGAUUUGAUACAGUCUUGGUGCUCACAUCUCUGGAUGCUACCUGGGAGGAUCUGGAAAGAUUGGACGAAUCACUGGUCUGGAUCCAGCAGGUCCCCUGUUUGAGGGCAUGGCAGCAUCAGACAGACUGUCCCCUGAUGAUGCCCUCUUUGUGGAUGCCAUCCACACCUACACUCAAGAACGCAUGGGGCUGAGUGUGGGCAUCAAGCAGCCUAUGGCACAUGUUGACUUCUACCACAACGGGGGUGACUUCCAACCAGGAUGCCACCCUUUCCAGAGCUUAAUGGAACAUAUUGCCUUGCAUGGAAUCAAUGGUUUUGAGCAGACAGUGAAAUGUGCCCAUGAGUGUUCAGUCUACCUGUUCAUCGACUCCCUUCUGAACAAAGACAAGCAGAUCAUGGCCUGCAGAUGCAGUGAUGAUAACGCCUUUGAGAAGGGUACCUGCCUGGACUACCGCAAGAACAAAUGCAACACACUGGGCUAUAAUGUCAGGAGGGUGUGCAGUGUCGCCGGCAAGAAGCUCGACAACAAAACCCACUCUUCCAUGUACCAGGUCAGGGUUCAGACACACACUGACGUCAUCAAACCUCCUCUCUCUGUAUUCUCUCUCCUCUCUCUCCUCUCUCAGUCUCUCUCUCUUCCUCUCAGCAUCGAGGAGAUCUCAGGCAAUAAGACAUACACCUUUCUGAUCACCCUGGACUCAGACAUUGGGGACCUGAUGAUGCUGAUGUUCUGCUGGGAGGGGAGUGUUGUGAACAAUAUGUGAAGCGAGAUGCAGACCUUUAACCCCUUGGGCAGUGGGGGAAUGAGGCCCAAGCUCACUGUGGGCAAAAUCCGUGUCAAAGCAGGCGAGACACAAAAUAGGUGGGUAUCCAUCCCUCUGGGGGGCAAGGAGGUCACCCAGCUAUGA